ACGACUUGGUAAAUGUACUAAUAAGUAAUUUACUCCGACAACGAAAGCCGGCGACGACCGGCGUGUUCUGUAAGAAAUACAUUAGAAAUGAAAGAAACCGUGUUUCAAAGACCAAACCAAAUACAAACCCCAACAAAAUGUUUCAUCAUUUUCCUUAAAAUUAAGAUCAAUCCGUUUCUGAUUUUCUUGAUCUAAACCAGUUUUGUUAGCUAUGGGUGAUCUAGCCAAGCAGAUAUUGUCUCGACCGAUUCAACUCGCAGACCAAGUCGUGAAAGCCGGUGAUGAAGCCACAAUCAACAAACAAGAAUGUGCCGAAAUCAAGUCCAAAACGGAAAAGCUCGCUGCUCUUCUCCGUCAAGCGGCGCGCUCAAGCUCCGACCUCUACGAACGUCCCACGCGCCGUAUCAUCGACGACACUGAAAACGUUCUUGAAAAAGCAUUGACGAUGGUCCAAAGAUGCCGUGACGAUGGCUACAUAAUGCGUCUUUUCAACAUAAUCCCCGCCGCAGCAUUCCGUAAAAUGAUUUCUCAACUAGAAAACUCCGUCGGCGAUGUCUCUUGGCUCCUCCGUGUCUCAACUCCCGCCGGUAACGACGACGACGAAGGGUUUGGUUACUUAGGUCUCCCACCAAUCGCAGCCAACGAACCAAUCUUAUGCUUAAUUUGGGAACAAAUCGCGGUUUUGAUGACCGGUUCGCCGGAAGAUAAAUCCGACGCCGCCGCGUCGUUGGCUUCGUUAGCAAGAGAUAACGACAGAUACGUGAAAUUGAUAGUUGAAGAAGGUGGAGUCAACCCUUUGUUAAAACUUCUGAAAGAAGGUAAAAUCGACGGUCAAGAAAACGCGGCGAGAACAAUCGGGUUAUUGGGUCGUGACCCGGAAAGUGUUGAACAUAUGAUUCAGCUUGGUGUUUGUUCAGUUCUUUCAAGUAUUCUUAAAGAAGGCUCGAUGAAGGUUCAAGCCGUUGUGGCUUGGGCUGUUUCAGAGCUUGUUUCUGGUAAUCACGCCAAAUGUCAAGAACUGUUCGCGCAAAACAACGUGAUUAGGCUUCUUGUGAGUCAUUUAGCGUUUGAAACGGUUCAAGAACAUAGCAAAUACGCGGUUGUUGCGGGUAGAGCUACGUCGAUGCACCACGCCGUCGUGAUGGCUAGCAAAAUCGGUACUAGUAAAGAGAAUUUACCGGCGUUGAACGAGGAGGAGGACGAUAAUCAGAUGGGAAUCUCGAAUCCGAUGCCGAAUCAGAUGCAUAGCAUCGUUGCAACAACAAUGGCGAUGAAAGCGGUUGGAUCGGGAUCGAAAUCGAAUCUGUCUAACCGAUUUGUUACCGGUGACGACGAGAAACCGCCGGAAAAGGUGCCGGAGAAGAGUUAUAGUAUGAGUUCACAGCUCAAAGCUUACGGUAGUAUGGCACAUCAAUCGAGAAACGCGUCGGUGACGAGAGGGAGAGAGCUUGAAGAUCCGGUGACGAAGACAUACAUGAAAGCGAUGGCGGCGAGAGCGUUGUGGAAACUCGCUGUAGGAAACUCAUCGAUCUGCCGAGUCAUCACCGAGUCACGAGCUUUGCUCUGUUUUGCGGUUUUACUAGACAAAGGAGAUGAUGAGACCAAGUAUAACACAGCGAUGGCUAUAAUGGAGAUAACUGCCGUGGCUGAAGAAAACGCAGAUCUGAGAAGAUCCGCGUUCAGACGCACUUCACCGGCGUGCAAAGCGGUGGUUGACCAAUUAUUCCGAAUCGUUGAAAACGCCGACGCCGGAUCCGAUUUACUCAUCCCCUGUGUUAGAUCCAUCGGAAACCUAGCUAGAACAUUCAAAUCAGCGGAAACGCAUAUGAUCGUGCCUCUGGUUAAACUCCUCGACGACGGAGAACCAGAUUUAGCGGCGGAGGCAGCGAUCGCGUUAGCGAAAUUCGCGACAGAGGAUAACUUUUUAGGAAAAGAUCACUCGAGGACGAUCAUCGAAGCUGGAGGAUCAAAGCUUCUAGUUCAACUAGCGUAUUUCGGAGAGAACGGAGCUCAGAUUCCGGCGAUGGUUUUGCUGAGCUACGUGGCGAUGAAUGUUCCAGACAGUGAACAGUUAGCAAAAGACGAAGUGUUAACGGUAUUGGAAUGGUCAUCGAAGCAAGCUAAUGUAAUUGAAGAUGAAGAUAUGGAAGCUUUGUUGUAUGAAGCUAAGAGCAGACUCGAGCUUUACCAAUCCAGAGGAUCUAGAGGCUUUCACUUGUAAUUUCCACUGAAUGAAUUAUUGUUUCUGGA